AUGAGGAUAUGUACUUAUAACCCCCGAACGCUUGCAUCGGAUGCAGCCAUUGAAGAUCUGACGAUGCAAGCCACGAAGUCUAAGUAUGACGUCAUCGGACUGACCGAGGCGUUGCGACGCCACCCAAUGAACGUUGUGUGUGACACUGAAGAAGAACAGUUCUUAGGAACAUGCGACAGCGAUAGAGGAGUUGGUGGAGUUGGUGUCAACCCGAAUAUGGCAGUAAACAUCGACUCUUUCGAACAACUUACAACCUGA